UCCACCUCCAAUUCUCUCUUAUACAAAACACUUUACAUAUACGCGUAUUGAGAUCACGAUGAUGAAGGGUGCUCAUUUCGCUGCUGCUGCUGCUUUUGCCCUACUGGCACUGGCUACCUUCCACCUUGUCUCUGCCUCUGAUCCUAGUUCUCUCCAAGAUUUCUGUGUAGCACUUAAAACCACCGAAACUGAUUCUGCUGUGUUUGUGAAUGGGAAAUUCUGCAAGGACCCAAAGCUUGUAAAAGCAGAUGAUUUCUUCUUGUCCGGGUUCCAGAUUCCCGGAAACACAACAAAUCCGCUUGGUUCCAAGGUCACCCCAGCAAAUGUGGAGCAAAUAGAAGGGCUGAACACUCUUGGUAUCUCCCUUGCUCGCAUAGACUACGCACCAUAUGGUGGACUUAACCCUCCUCACACCCACCCUCGGGCCUCCGAAAUCCUUGUGGUCAUGGAAGGCACACUAUUGGUUGGCUUCGUCACAUCCAACCCUGAAAACCGCCUCAUCACCAAAGUGUUGAACGCGGGAGAUGUGUUUGUCUUCCCAGUUGGUCUUAUUCACUUCCAGUUCAACAUAGGAAAGGGCAAAGCUGUGGCUUUUGCCGGACUGAGCAGCCAGAACCCAGGUCUCAUCAUCAUAGCUAAUAAUGUGUUCGGCUCCACACCUCCAAUCAACCUUGAUGUUCUCACUAAGGCCUUCCAGGUUGACAACAAUGUCGUUCAGUAUCUCCAGAAACAGUUCUGGUAUGACAACAAUUAAGAACAAGCUAACAAUUGUAUUACCAUGGCCAUAUAUCCCACAUAUUAUACAACACAAACUUAGCUUAAGUAAAAAUAAGAUGCUACUUGCUUAUGUAAUGUGCCUCCUCCUUGAUCAUUGGAUUAUUGAAAUUUUAUUAUUAAUAAAUAGUUAAAUACUUCUGUCUCUUAACUAAA